AUGGGUCCCUCAGGAUGCUUCAGUCAUUCCGGUGUGAGUCACAGUGUGGAGUAUGCAGGGACGUGUUACACCUUUUCCUCGGCAAACGCCAAGUUUCUCAACUACCACGAUACCAACUGUUACUCUCUGGGGUUGGUGCCUGUCAAAGUCACCAGCGAGGAUGUCCACAAUGUACUUGUGAAACAGCUUCUGUAUCUGGAUGGUCAACAAGGAGCCAAGGCCCAUUGGAUCGGUCUAGCUUUCUUGAACGGAAACUGGACUUACGAUGACCACGGAACACAGCUACUUCCGGAGCAUUACAACCAAUGGGCGGAUGGCACGGACUUAAGUCUGAGCACACGUGGCGCAUGCGCAGCCAUGGUGCCGCCGACUUAUGACUGGGGCAUCCAAGCUUGUACAGACAGCAAGAGGUACAUCUGCCAGAAACGAAUAGAGCUUCCAAGCUGUUUCCAAAAUGAGUCCGUCAGCACCAGUAUCGCCUAUCGGGACGUCUGUUACACCUUUUCUUCGGAAAAGUCCAAGUUCCUCAACUUCCACGAUGUCCACUGCUAUGGCUUUGGUUUUAUCCCCUCGAAAGUCAAGAGCGUCAUCACCCACAAUGUACUGCAGACACAUCUGCUGUACCAGGCUACUCAGGGCGACGCUCUGCUGUACUGGAUAGGACUGGCCGUGGUGAACGAUCGCUGGGCCUAUGAUGACGCCGGGGUCCAACUGCUUGAUGACGACGUCAGCCAAUGGGCGUACGGCACUAACGUAACUGGCAAUACCCGGAGGGGCGCGUGUGCAAUCAUGGCACCGCCGGGUUAUGACUGGGACAUCAAACCCUGUGUGGAAAAGCACAACUACAUCUGCCAAAAGGAUAUACCACUCACGCCCUGUUACGACGAUGACCCUACAGUGCCCAGUGCUCUGUAUAACGGUAAGUGCUACCUGAUUCCUCCGUCCCGAGACCAGUUUAUCACCUACUUGACAACAAGCUGCUCCAACUACGGUGCUGAGGCUGUUCUGGAUAAGGACGCCGACAUUCACGCCCUCCUGGUCCGUCUGAUCGAGAGGAACCGUAUCAACGGGAGCGACAUCUGGAUCGGGCUGGGUUACACCAAUGGAGAAUGGACCUUCAACGACCAAACAACCGUUGGAAGUUUCGACACCUGGGCAGACGGCGAGAACACCGGCAGCCCGCAGAGCCCAAACACGUGCGUCGCUCUCGGAGAGUCCAGCAACUGGGACUGGACCAUCCAAGACUGUACCACGAGAAAGAGCUUCAUCUGUGAACGACUGCCACCAACGCCAGAACCUCCCACUCCAACAGCGUGUUCGUUUGGAGUGACGAAUCCAGCGGCAACUCCAGCACCUGUAACUUUUCCAAGAGGAUGUUUCAGUCAUUCCGGUGUGAGUCACAGUGUGGAGUAUGCAGGGACGUGCUACACAUUUUCCUCGGCAAACGCAGGGUUUCUGGACUAUCACGAUACCAACUGUUAUGCCCUGGGCCUGCAGCCUGUCAAAGUCACCAGUGAGGAUGUCCACAAUGUCCUUGUGAAACAGCUUCUGUAUCUAGAUGGUCAACAAGGAGCCAAGGCCCAUUGGAUCGGCCUGGCUUUCGUGAACGGAAACUGGACUUACGAUGACCACGGAACACAGCUACUUCCGGAGCACUACAACCAGUGGGCGGACGGCACGGACUUAAGCCAGAGCCGAACUGGGGCAUGUGCAGCCAUGGUGCCGCCGACCUAUGACUGGGGCAUGCAAGCUUGUACGGAGAGAAAAAGAUACAUCUGCCAGAAACGUAUGGAACUACCAAGUUGUUUCCAAAACGAGUCCGUCAGCACCAGUGUCGCCUAUCGGGACGUCUGUUACACCUUUUCUUCGGAAAAGUCCAAGUUCCUCAAUUUUCAUGAUAUCGACUGCUACGGCCUUGGACUUAUUCCCUCGAAAGUGAAGAGCGUCAUCACCCACAAUGUACUGCAGACACAUCUGCUGUACCAGGCUACUCAGGGCGACGCUCUGCUGUACUGGAUAGGACUGGCCGUGGUGAACGAUCGCUGGGCCUAUGAUGACGCCGGGGUUCAACUGCUUGAUGACGACGUCAGCCAAUGGGCGUACGGCACUAACGUAACUGGCAAUACACGGAGGGGCGCGUGUGCAAUCAUGGCACCGCCGGGUUAUGACUGGGACAUCAAACCCUGUGUGGAAAAGCACAACUACAUCUGCCAAAAGGAUAUACCACUCACGCCCUGUUACGAUGGUGACGGAGUGGUCAGUGCUCUGUAUAACGGUAAGUGCUACCUGAUUCCUUCGUCCCGAGACCAGUUUAACACCUACCUGACGACGAGCUGCUCCAACUACGGCGCGGAGGCUGUUCUGGACAAGGACGCCGACAUCCACGCCCUCCUGGUCAGGCUGAUCGAGAGGAACCAGAUAUCCGGGAGCGACGUCUGGAUCGGGCUGGCUUACACCAACGGUGAAUGGACAUACAACGAUCAAGCAACCUUGACUAAUUUCGACCCUUGGGCAGACGGCGAGAACACCGGCAGCCCGCAGAGUCCAAACCUGUGCGUCGCUCUCGGAGAGUCCAGCAACUGGGACUGGACCAUCCAAGACUGUACCGCGAGAAUGAGCUUCAUCUGUGAACGACUGCCUCCAGCACCAGAGCCUGCCAAUUGUACUACAAUUUCACCGACGACUCCCUCCGCAACGACAACGUCAAGAACAACGCUGCAAUCAUCAACACCAGCAGAACCUGGAAUAACAACAACCACCACUGCACCACCAACGACGGAACAAGCAAAGACAACAGUCAUUGUUGAACCAACAACUCCUGAACAGCUUGGAACAACAGUAAAGGCUGAUGUAACUACUAGUGCAGAACCUGAAAUAACAACCACGACAGCACCACCCACUACUGAACAAGCUACAACAGUCAUCGUUGAACCAACAACUCUUGAACAGCUUGAAACAACAGUAAAGGCUGAAGUAACUACUGGCCACAUACCUCUAAUAAUAGCGACAGCACCUCGAACCACUGAACAAUCUACAACAGUCAUUGUUGAAGCAACGACUCUUGAGCAACUUGAAACAACAGUAAAGGAUGAAGUAACUACUAGUGCAGAACCUGAUGAUAUAACAACCACAACUGCCCCACGGACCAGUGAACAAGCUACAACGACAGCAGCAACUACAACGACGACAGCAGCAACUACGACGACAGCAGCAACUACAACGACAGCAGCAACUACAACGACGACGACAGCAGCAACUACAACGACGACAGCAGCAACUACAACGACGACAGCAGCAACUACGACAGCAGAAACUACAACGACAGCUGUGACUACAACGACAGCAGCAGCCUCGACUGCAGCGCCAACUCCAACGCCAGGUGUUCGUUCUACAACUCCUUUUUUGACUCCCUCAGUGACUCCUACAACGACCGCCCAAGAUCAAGACCUAAAGGCCUAUGUGACAGCACAGUUCUCUGCUGGAUCACUCACGUACAUCGAUGCUUACGGAGACCCAAAUAGCCAGGAGUAUAAGGAACUGGUGGAGCAAAUUGAAACAGCGCUCAAUAUUGAAUUUAAAGAAAAACACGGACGACAAUUCAGUAGAUGGAUCGUUCAGAAGUUUAGUCCGGGAAGCGUUAUAGUAGAUGCAUUGGUGGAAGUGGAGCCGACACAGGACGCAGUGAACAAGGUAGCAGCGUCUGUCAUGCAGUCUCUUCAGUCUAGAACUCUCGGAGUCAACACUACUUUCAACUUUACUCAUGUGGGCGCCGUCAUUGGGACAUUCGAUCAUCUGUUUCAAGCAACUUUUGACAUCGAUCCUGAUGUGCGUUCAUGGAGUGAAGAUCUGUCCAUAUCGAACAGUACAGAGUACUUCGAGUUUCAAAACACCGUAGUUAACAACAUCACCGCUGUGUUGGUGAACCUCACUACCGUCGUCGUUGUUGACUCAUUCAGUAACUUGACGCAGUUUCCUGGAAAUGGCGUACGUGCACAUGUGUCGGUUUUGACGAGUAACCUCACCUCCCUGGAGAACGCUAAAUACCUGUUAACAGUCGCCAACAGUUCACAAGACAACCCCCCAUACAGCGACUUUGGAGAUCUGUCGGCAGUUCUUGUCCAACUAGUCUAUUACGGAGAGCUUCCGGCAAGUUUCAACACAACGACCGCUCCUCCAACUACUGCUACUACUACCGCGACAGUUACUACACAACCUAACACAACAGUAGUAAACCCAACAAUUACAACUCAACAACCUAACACAACGGCAUCAGCCGCAGCAACUACAACUCAACAACCUAAUACAACAGUCUCGGCUGCAGCAACUACAACUCAACAACCUAAUACAACAGUCUCGGCUGCAGCAACUACAACUCAACAACCCAACACAACAGCAACAAUCGCAGGAGCUACAUCUCAACAACCUACUGUGGCUACAGUGUGUACUCCGGUUGCAGUUGUGAAUAACUCCACAGCAUCGCCGAUGCAAUCUUCCACAUCAGCGGCUGACACGCCAACAUCCACAGGAUGCUUCAGCCACGAUGACGUGAGUCACAGUGUGGAGUAUGCAGGGACGUGUUACACCUUUUCCUCGGCAAACUCAGGGUUUCUGGACUUCCACGAUGCCAACUGUUUCGCGUUGGGCCUGCAGCCUGUCAAAGUCACCAGCGAGGAUGUCCACAAUGUACUCGUGAGACAGCUACAGUAUCUUGAUGGUGAACAAGGAUCCAAGGCCCAUUGGAUCGCGCUAGCUUUCAGGCACGGGAACUGGGUCUACGAUGACGAAGGGCAAGAAGUGCUUGACGACGAGAACAGCCAAUGGGGGACCGGGGUCGAUCCUGAUAACCCUACGCAGACAACCAGCCGCCCAUGCGUUGCCAUGGUACCGCCGAGUUACGACUGGGGCAUCAAGGACUGCGUGGAUAGAGCGAGAUACAUCUGCCAAAAACGUAUCGAGCUUCCAAGUUGUUUUAACGGGACUGACCAAGACCACCCUGUCAACACCAGCGUGGCCUAUCGGGACGUCUGCUACACCUUUUCGCUGAGAACAAGCAAGUUCCUGGACUUCCACGACUUCAACUGUAUCAGCCUUGGGUACGAGGCGGUAAAGGUUAUGAGCCCCAUAACCCACCACGUCCUGGCCACACACCUACACUACCUUGGGAACUCCCAGCCCUACUGGAUAGGCAUCGCCAACGAGAACGGCAACUGGGUCUAUGACGACGCAGGGACCCUUCUGCUGGAGGACGAGAACAGCCAGUGGGGGAGCGGCGUCGACGAAACGAACUACACGCAGAUCCGCCGAUGCGUAGCCAUGGUGCCGCCUAGCUAUGACUGGGACAUCGAAGGCUGUUUGGACAAGUACAACUACAUCUGCCAGAAGGAAAUACCACUCACGCCCUGCUACGUUGGUGACCCUGAUGUGGUCAGUGCUCUGUAUAACGGUAAAUGCUACCUGAUUCCUCCCUUCCGGGACGGGUUUAACGACUACUUAAACACAAGGUGCGCUAACUACAGCGCGGAGGCUGUUCUGGAUCAGGACGCCGGCAUUCACGCCCUCCUGGUCCGUCUACUGGAGAGGAACCAGAUUUCUGGGAACGACUUCUGGAUUGGGCUGUCUUAUAGCAAUGAUGAAUGGACCUUCAACGAUCAAACAACACUUUCAAGUUUCGACACGUGGGCAGAUGGCGAGAACACCGGCAGCCCACAGAGGCCAAACACUUGCGUCGCUCUCGGAGAGUCCAACGAAUGGGACUGGACCGUCCAAGACUGUACCACGAGAAACAGGUUCAUCUGUGAACAACUGCCACCAACACCAGAGCCUCCUACCACAGUUGAAGCUACUACAAUAGUGUGCUCUACGAUUCCAACGACAACUCCAGAGGUAUCGACAGCACCCAACACCACGCUGCAAUCAUCAACAUCAGUCUUAUGA